CGCAGAGAGAGAGAGAGAGAGAGAGACAAGAGAACCCACCACUCACCUUCUUCCUUCUCCCUCUCCGCCUCUCAACUUCCACCACUUUCAGACAAAAUAUUCCAUAAUAUAUCGGCCCGGCAGCUCCCCACCACUGUCGUUUCGCUCAGCUGCGACCUCCCCCCGCUCGAAGAUCCAAUACCCAUAAGCCCAAUCUCCAAGAAGAAGCUGAUUCCCGAAGAAGAGAAUCAUUCCGAUGGACUCGCCGGAAGAUGGGGUGAAACCGAUGCCCCUGGAGGCGGCUGAGAAGCUGAUCCUCCGGUGGGACUCGACCGCGUCCGAGGAUGCCCGUGAGAAGAUGAUCUUCGACUCCGACCGCGGCGAGAUCGACCGUUACCUCCUCGCCGUCGACGAAAUCCGGCGGUCCAUGUCCCGGGCGUCCCUCUCCGACGACGACCCCAGGGCCAGCUCCACGAUCCAGAUCGCCAUGGCCCGCCUCGAGGACGAGUUCCGCAACAUCCUCAUCACCCACACGAACCCCCUCGAGGAGGGCUCGCUCUCCGAGUCAACUCACUCCCACUCCGAGUCAACUCACCACUCCUCCGAGUCAACCCACUCCCAAGCCGAGUCCACCUCGGCGGCGGCUCGCACCUCCUCCUCGGAUCUCGAUCUGUACGGCGGCGAUGACGACCUCGGGAGGGAGGAGGCCGAGUCAAGCGCCCGCCGGAGCUGCAGCGGCGGCAGCAUCAGCUACCGAUCCACCAGCAGCAUCCGCGAGAUCGAUCUCGUACCCCCGGAAGCGAUCUCCGACCUCCGCAGCGUCGCCGACCGGAUGAUCUCGUCCGGCUACAUGAGGGAGUGCGUCCAGGUGUACGGGAGCGUCCGGAAGUCCGCCGUCGACGCCAACUUCCGGCGGCUCGGGGUGGAGAAGCUCAGCAUCGGGGACGUCCAGAGGCUGGAGUGGGACGCCCUGGAGGCCAAGAUCCGGCGGUGGAUCAGGGCGGCUAGGGUUUGCAUCAGGGUCCUCUUUGCGAGCGAGCGGCGGCUCUGCGAGCAGAUCUUCUCCGGCAUGGGGACGGCCACCGAGGACGCCUGCUUCAUGGAGACGAUCAAGGGCCCUGCGAUUCAGCUCUUCAACUUUGCCGAGGCCAUCAGCAUCAGCAGGCGGUCCCCCGAGAAGCUCUUCAAGAUCCUCGACCUCCACGACGCCCUCAUGGACCUCAUGCCUGACAUCGAUUCGGUCUUCCAGAUGAAAACGGCCGAGUCUAUUCGGGUCCAGGCAGCUGAGAUUCUCUCUCGGCUCGGAGAGGCUGCCCGCGGGAUCCUCUCGGAGUUUGAGAAUGCAGUUCUCCGGGAACCCUCCCGUGUCCCUGUACCGGGUGGGACAAUUCACCCGCUCACACGAUAUGUAAUGAACUACAUAAGCCUGAUUUCGGACUACAAGCAGACGAUGAAUGACCUGAUUGUGUCUAAGCCCUCCGCGGGAUCGAGGUAUUCUGGGGACCCCUCUAUCCCGGACAUGGAAUUCACCGAGUUCGAGGGGAAGACCCCGCUGGAGCUCCACUUGAUCUGGAUCAUCGUGAUCUUGCAGUUCAACUUAGAUGGGAAAUCAAAACACUAUAGGGAUACAUCGCUCGCCCACCUGUUUAUGAUGAACAAUGUCCACUAUAUAGUUCAGAAGGUUAAGGGGUCGCCCGAGCUCCGGGAGAUGAUCGGAGAUGACUACCUAAAGAAGCUGACAGGGAAGUUCCGCCAGGCAGCGACAAGCUAUCAGAGAGCCACCUGGGUUCGGGUCCUGUACUGCCUGAGGGAUGAGGGGUUGCACGUUAGUGGGGGCUUCUCAUCUGGGGUCUCGAAAAAUGCCCUGAGGGAGAGGUUCAAGGCCUUCAAUGCAAUGUUCGAGGAGGUUCAUCGUACCCAGGCGACAUGGUUAAUUCCUGACAAUCAGCUCCGGGAGGAGCUCAGGAUCUCAAUCUCGGAGAAGCUGAUUCCUGCAUACAGGUCGUUCCUGGGGCGGUUCAGAAGCCACAUAGAGAGCGGGAAGCAUCCCGAGAAUUAUAUUAAGUACACUGUCGAGGAUUUGGAGACUGCUGUCUUGGAUUUCUUUGAAGGGUACCCUGUGUCUCCGCACCUGAGGAGGAGAUCUCAGUGAGGAGAGCAGGAGUGGGAAAAGGAAGAAGGUGGAGAUUUUUGUUGGAACUUAGACUUCUAGGACACAUUCUUUGAAUUCUUUUAGUGGCAUUCAGGCUUGAGUGCGGGUGGCCAUAAUUUUUCGUUCGGGGUUCCGCCUUCGGUCUUUGGAAUUGAAAAUGAGGAAGCUUUCCCUGCAUUCGGAGAUAUACAAAGUGGGUGUUGAUGUGCGGACUGAGCUCCUUUUCAGAUUGCAUUUGCAUUUGGUGAUGUGGGUGCCAUUCUCUCGCAUAACUGUUGUCGGCAAUAAUUUUAUGUUGCCCACGACAAGGAAGAACCAUAACGACUGCAUCCGAGGAUAAGACCUGCAGAGGAUCUGUUUCUGGUGUUGGGGCUAUCGAGCAGGAGUUCUCUGCGGAAAUGGCCUACUCCACUCAGCUGAAUGCUUCUUUGAUGACAUGCAAUGCAUUGCUACUAGAGAGAGCCCUCUGCUACUGCAAUUGGAAUAGCUUGCAGUCUAGUGUAGUUGAAAGUUGAACGAAAAUAUGAACGAAGAAUCGAGGUUUUUGCAGAUAAUAAUAUUUACUUUUCGAUGACAAACGGCUUGUUACCGAGGGCUACUCAAAAGGUGGUCCCUUGUCCCCGAGCAUGCCUGCCAUCCGGACUCCUAUUCAUCAUAUUUAAACAGUUGUAAAGGGAAUGGCCAUUUGGAAGCGAACAUUGCAUUAUUAUGAAGAGUUGUUUUUCGUACAAAUCGACUUUGCAAGUGAUGUGAGUAACCUUGACGCACAAAGGCCAUUGAACUAUAUGUACUUUUCUUGUCUAUUGAGGUA